CACCCAUUGAUUGACAUACACAUAUACAUCUUCCUCGAAGUCUCGAUAACCUUGGACGAAGGGGCAUCUGAGAACCCCAGUCAUCGAAUCCUUUCUACGGCCGGUUCACCAUCUUCAUCCAUUCGGUCUCCGCCCUCACAAUGGCCGGCGACCCUCGAGCACUACUCCAAAAAGCCGAGAAAGCCGCCUCAGGUGCAACAGGCGGCUUCAGCUUCUUCGGCGGACGAGGAGAGAAAUGGGAAAACGCAGCAGAUCUCUACACACAAGCAGCCAAUGCCUUCCGGGUACAAAAGCAGAAUCUUGAAGCAGGCAAGGCGUUCGAGAAGGCCGCAUCGAUACAACAAACCAAACUCAACGAGCCCGACGACAUGGCCAACACCCUCACCGAGGCCUUCAAAGUCUACCGCAAAGAGUCACCGAACGAUGCCGCGCGCGUCCUCACCACCGCCAUCACACACUACACCACAAAAGGCAAUUUCCGGCGCGCCGCAACACACCAGCAGAAUCUCGCAGAGGUAUACGAGAUGGAGAUCGGCGACCAGAAAAAGGCCCUGGAAGCCUACGAUACCGCCGCGCAAUGGUACGAGAGCGACAACGCCGAAGCCCUGGCGAACAAGCUGUACCUGAAAGUUGCGGACCUCGCGGCGCUCGAGGGCGACUAUCAGAAUGCGAUUUCGAAACUCGAAACCGUGGCCAAGUCGUCGCUCAACAACAACCUCAUGCGCUGGUCCGUGAAAGAUUAUUUCCUCAAGGCCGGCAUCUGCCACCUGGCGGCGGGAGAUCAGGUGGCUACGAAGCGCGCUCUCGAGCAUUACAAAGAACUGGAUAACAGUUUCGCGGGGACGAGGGAGAAUAUGCUGCUUACGGACUUGGUGGCUGCGGUCGAAGAAGGUGAUCAGGAGGGCUUUGCGGAUAAAUUGUUCCAAUUCGAUCAGUUGAGUAAAUUGGACAAGUGGAAGACGACGCUGUUGUUGAGGGUUAAGAACGCUAUUGAGAAGGAAGAAGAAGACUUUUCGUAAGCAAUUACUGCUGAUGAGGUUGUGAUAUGAAGUUACGAGCAAUAGCAGAGUACAAUUCAUGAGGCGUUGACGGGUUGAUGGGCUGGUGGCUGCAUUGAAAUUCGACACCGAGCAGUAAGCUCAAUCACUAGAUCGGCGUAUUUCCAUAUCGAUUCGAUCGAGCCUUGACCUUGUCUAUUGGCAAUGCACAAAUAACUACGGUUGCCCUCCCGUGUGUAUAUCAUAACCCAAAAUGCUAGCUCGUACAAUAUAUCACAUCCCAAUGCGGU